AUGAAGAAAAAUGUUGCAAGUUCUAGUACUCCAAAUUCUAAAAAGAAUUCGGCUAAAUAUUUUUAAUAGGAUUAAUUCUAAUAAUAACCAUAAAUAAGUUAAUUCAUUUCUAUAGAAGAUUAAUCUCAAAGUGAUUAGCUUAAAGUAAAAAGUAAUUUAAUUAAAAUAGAAUGAUGAAUCCUUAAUUUCCAAUGAUUUAACUUAAGCUUGCAGCACUAAUUUAGUCUUAUAAGAAAAUCAAGAUUAUAGGGAUAAUUAAAUGGAAUUUAUUAAUAAUGAUGAUGAUGUGAAAAUAAAUGCAGAUUUAAAUAUAUUAAAUUCUAGUGACACAGAAAAAUUCAAUCAAAUUAACCAUCAAAUUGAUAAUAAUCUAAUCAAUGAGAUUUCAUAAAAUGAAUCAAUUGGCUUGCAAAAUUAAAAUCCAGAUUAAUAUUAAAAUCUAUAAUAAGAAAGUAUUUAAAAUAAUUAUAAAAAGAAAGUCAUUAUUUUAAUCUUAUUGAAAACUAAGAUUAAAUUCAACAGAUUAAUAAAGAAAGACAUUAAUAUAGUAAUAAAAAAUAAAUUACUAUUUAAAUAAAUGAUGACGAAAUUGCUAAUUAUAAAUCAGAAAUUGAAUAGGGAUAAUAAAUAAAUUCUGAACUCUCUUUGAAUCUUCUAGAGGAUUAAACAAUUAAUUUAGUAUAAUAAUAAGAUAUAGAAGGUAGUUUAGAGGAUGAUCAAGAUUAGCAAUUAAUCCAUCUAGAAGAUAAUAUUGAAAAUAACUUUAAUAUGUAAACUUUAAAGAUUGUAGAAAAAUGGGAAGAUAUUACAGUUGUGAAUUGUGAAGAAAUAAAGGAAAAUACCUACCAGGAAUUAAUUGAAGAGCAUUGUAAAACUGAUAAAAUAGAAUAAUUACAAUAAAUAGUGACGGGAUCUUCAUAAUAAGGUGAAUAAAUAAAUAUAUUGGGCUGUGAAAUCAAAAAUGAUAUUUAAGAAGUAGAAAAUAAAUAACAAUAAAGUGAAAUAAAGAUUAAAUAUUCUGAAAAUAAUUUUGAUGGGCUAAUACAAGAUAAUAACAGAAGAGAGUCUAAUAAAAAAUAUGAAAUAAAUUAAAAAUUAGAUUAAAUUGAUGAAUCAAAUAAUGAAGAGAUAUCAUAAGAAAUUGUAAAAGCAAAAACUGAUGAAUAAUGUAUGAAUUAAGAUAAUAACUAUUAAAGUAAACUUGAUAAUGAAUCUCAGAGUUUCGAAAGAGGUACGGUUGUAACUGGAUAUUGUACAAUAGAAUCUAAAUAAUUUUUAGCUCAAAUAUAGAUGUCUUUAGGAUAAGAUAAAAUAAAUCAAAAAUAAGAAUUUUAAAUGAAGAUCGCAGGAUUAAAUUCUAUAUUAAAAGAAAGUUUGUUAUAAUAUGUUUUAGAUUAAAAAUAAAAUAAUUAAUCUAAAGAUGAAUAAGAUAAUAAAUGUGUAAAUCAUUAAAAUAGUUAACUAAUAGAUGAAUAAUUAAAUAAAUAUGAAGAUUAAAAAUAUAGUAAAAAUGAUGAUCAUUUGAAUAGUUAACAUAAAGAGGAAUAAUAAAACUUAGAUGAAGAUUAAUAAAAUAGUUAAAAUGAUCAUUUGAAUAGUUAACAUAAAGAUGAAUAAUAAAAUUAAAAUGAAGAUUAAUAAAAUAGUUAAAAUGGUGAAUUAAAUAGUUAACAUAAAGAUGAAUAAUAAAACUUAGAUGAAGAUUAAUAAAAUAGUUAAAAUGGUGAUAAAUUAAAUAGUUAACAUAAAAAUGAAUAAUAAAAUUAAGAUGAGGAUUAAUAAAAUAGUUAAAAUGAUGAUCAUUUGAAUAGUUAACAUAAAGAUGAAUAAUAAAACUUAGAUGAAGAUUAAUAAAAUAGUUAAAAUGGUGAUAAAUUAAAUAGUUAACAUAAAAAUGAAUAAUAAAAUUAAGAUGAGGAUUAAUAAAAUAGUUAAAAUGAUGAUCAUUUGAAUAGUUAACAUAAAGAUGAAUAAUAAAACUUAGAUGAAGAUUAAUAAAAUAGUUAAAAUGGUGAUAAAUUAAAUAGUUAACAUAAAAAUGAAUAAUAAAAUUAAGAUGAGGAUUAAUAAAAUAGUUAAAAUGAUGAUCAUUUGAAUAGUUAACAUAAAGAUGAAUAAUAAAACUUAGAUGAAGAUUAAUAAAAUAGUUAAAAUGGUGAUAAAUUAAAUAGUUAACAUAAAAAUGAAUAAUAAAAUUAAGAUGAGGAUUAAUAAAAUAGUUAAAAUGAUGAUCAUUUGAAUAGUUAACAUAAAGAUGAAUAAUAAAACUUAGAUGAAGAUUAAUAAAAUAGUUAAAAUGGUGAUAAAUUAAAUAGUUAACAUAAAAAUGAAUAAUAAAAUUAAGAUGAGGAUUAAUAAAAUAGUUAAAAUGAUGAUCAUUUGAAUAGUUAACAUAAAGAUGAAUAAUAAAACUUAGAUGAAGAUUAAUAAAAUAGUUAAAAUGGUGAUAAAUUAAAUAGUUAACAUUAAAAUGAAUAAUAAAAUUAAGAUGAGGAUUAAUAAAAUAGUUAAAAUGAUGAUCAUUUGAAUAGUUAACAUAAAGAUGAAUAAUAAAACUUAGAUGAAGAUUAAUAAAAUAGUUAAAAUGGUGAUAAAUUAAAUAGUUAACAUUAAAAUGAAUAAUAAAAUUAAGAUGAGGAUUAAUAAAAUAGUUAAAAUGAUGAUCAUUUGAAUAGUUAACAUAAAGAUGAAUAAUAAAACUUAGAUGAAGAUUAAUAAAAUAGUUAAAAUGGUGAUAAAUUAAAUAGUUAACAUUAAAAUGAAUAAUAAAAUUAAGAUGAGGAUUAAUAAAAUAGUUAAAAUGAUGAUCAUUUGAAUAGUUAACAUAAAGAUGAAUAAUAAAACUUAGAUGAAGAUUAAUAAAAUAGUUAAAAUGGUGAUAAAUUAAAUAGUUAACAUUAAAAUGAAUAAUAAAAUUAAGAUGAGGAUUAAUAAAAUAGUUAAAAUGAUGAUCAUUUGAAUAGUUAACAUAAAGAUGAAUAAUAAAACUUAGAUGAAGAUUAAUAAAAUAGUUAAAAUGGUGAUAAAUUAAAUAGUUAACAUUAAAAUGAAUAAUAAAAUUAAGAUGAGGAUUAAUAAAAUAGUUAAAAUGAUGAUCAUUUGAAUAGUUAACAUAAAGAUGAAUAAUAAAACUUAGAUGAAGAUUAAUAAAAUAGUUAAAAUGGUGAUAAAUUAAAUAGUUAACAUUAAAAUGAAUAAUAAAAUUAAGAUGAGGAUUAAUAAAAUAGUUAAAAUGAUGAUCAUUUGAAUAGUUAACAUAAAGAUGAAUAAUAAAACUUAGAUGAAGAUUAAUAAAAUAGUUAAAAUGGUGAUAAAUUAAAUAGUUAACAUUAAAAUGAAUAAUAAAAUUAAGAUGAGGAUUAAUAAAAUAGUUAAAAUGAUGAUCAUUUGAAUAGUUAACAUAAAGAUGAAUAAUAAAACUUAGAUGAAGAUUAAUAAAAUAGUUAAAAUGGUGAUAAAUUAAAUAGUUAACAUUAAAAUGAAUAAUAAAAUUAAGAUGAGGAUUAAUAAAAUAGUUAAAAUGAUGAUCAUUUGAAUAGUUAACAUAAAGAUGAAUAAUAAAACUUAGAUGAAGAUUAAUAAAAUAGUUAAAAUGGUGAUAAAUUAAAUAGUUAACAUUAAAAUGAAUAAUAAAAUUAAGAUGAGGAUUAAUAAAAUAGUUAAAAUGAUGAUCAUUUGAAUAGUUAACAUAAAGAUGAAUAAUAAAACUUAGAUGAAGAUUAAUAAAAUAGUUAAAAUGACGAUUAUUUGAAUAAUUAACAUUAAGAUGAAUAUACCUAUUUCAACGAAGACAUUUAACUUUGUCCAAAACCAAAGCCAUAAACUAAUUUAGUACAAGCAAAAUACACAAGUUCCGGUUUAUUGUUAUUAAAAAAGGAACAUGUUAAAUAGUUCCAAAGUGUUAGUUUUAAUGAUAAGACAAUAUUACAUAAAUAAAGUUAAAUUAAUAUUAUACAAAAAGAUGAACUAAUUUUAAGAGAAAAUUAUAAUUUUAAUCAUUUUUAAGAAUAAUCAAAUGAUGUAGAACCAAAUUUAUCCAAAGUAAAUGAAUUAUAAUCAUUUGAUAAUUUAUAAUUCAAUAGUGAAUAACGUAAUAUUUCAAAUUAAACAGAUUUAUAUUAAUAAGAUUAAGAAUCUAUAAGUGAAAUUUAAAUUUCAUAAUCAUUUUUACAUAAAUUUUCAUUAAAUACAUAGAAUUAAGAGAAAGAGGAAUAAAAUAGUGAUUAAAUUAUAAAUUUUAAUGGGAAUGAAAGAAUAUAUGAUAAGAUCGAUGAUUCAUAAUUAGAUAAAUAAACAAGGUUCAUAAAUGAAAAUCAAAAUAUCUAAUAUUGCAAUUAGAAAUUAAAUUAAUUCGAACUUUUCUCAUUAAAAACAUUUGAUUAAGAAAGCUAAGAAGAAGUAGGAAAAAAAAAUUAAGAAAAUAAUAAUCUUUUAGAAUAACAAAUUUACAUACAUAAAGAGGUAUUAGGAGAGAUAUGUGAAUAGCUAUAGUAAACUAAAAUAUAGGAUCUAGGGAGUGAGAAUGCAUAAGAAUUUGAUUUAAAUAAUAAUGAUAUUUAAUAAUAAGUGAACUUAGAGGAUAUCGAAGUAAACAAAUAAGGUAUCUUCUAAGAGGAUGUUUACUCUAAGCUCUAGCAACAGAAACUGGAAAACUAGAAUAAUUAAGAGUAACAUUAAGAACUAACUUAAUGUGAAGAAGAUUAAGGAUUUUGUAAUAAAGAAAUAAUCGAAGUAGAGAAUAACCAAAAAUUAGAAUAAAACGUAGUAAUGCUCAACUUAAAUUGCAAUGAUGAAGAAAUGGAAUAAAUAUAAUAAUAAGCUAAUAAUGUUUUUUAACCAUAAAUUAAUAAUUUUUCUUAAUAAAACGAAAAAAUGGAUUAGGACAUCAACUAGACUGAAGAUCAUUAGAUAUACUCUAAUUCUUAAGAAAAUGAAGAGGGAACACUUAAUAAAAAUUAAUAAGAUUCAGAACAUACAAAUGACAUAAUUAAUAAUCAGUAUGAAUCAAGCCAAAAAAAAUAAUCCAUUAAAUUGAUUGAUCAUUCUGAACAACAUCAAGACUUUUAGGAAGAGGAAAAUCUUUUAAAACCAUAGUAACACAGAGAAAAAUAAGGAAUUGAGGGUCAGAAUAGAACAUUUACUUCUCAAAAAAAAAUUAGUUCAUAAAGAGAAAAUUUCUUUCUUUCUCAAACAAAAAUAAAAAAUUAGGAGGAUUCUUUAAAUUAAAAUCAAUUUAAUAGUAGCUUAUCAUAAAAUCUAAAAGAAUAUAAUUCUUCAAAAAGUAACGAUCAUUAUAACUUUGAUUUGGGUCAUGGGGAAUUAAAUAGGGAUAAUUAUUUAAAAGAAAACGCAGAUGAUUUACAAGAGUAAAGAAAAUAAAAAAUAAGAGACUUAGAAUAGUAAAUCGAAUGGGCUGAAAGAGAAAUAGAAGAGAAAGAUGAAGAAAUUAAUUAAAAUAAAGAAAUGAUUGAAAAUUUUGAAAAUUUUGUUUUGGGCAAUACUAAUCCUGAAGAAUUCGAGAAAAUUAUAUUGUCUGAGAGUAAUUUUGAAACAGAAAAUUUAUUGAUUAAUCAUCUAAUUAAUAAACUAAGAUAAUUUAUGUAGGAAUUUUCAAAUUCAAUUAUUGAUUUAAUAAAUAGAUUUGAUGGUAAAACAGAAUUAGAAAAAGAUGAAGAAUAAGAAUAAGAAGAAUAAGAAAAAAUAAAAUUGAUUACAAAUGAAUUUAAGAAAUUUAAACAAAAAAAAUAAUAAAAAAAAGAAAUAGAUGAUAAUAAAAAUUAAAUUAUUAUUCAUAUAGGUGAAAAUAAUGAGAAAAUAGUCAAUGAUGAAUUAAAUAUACUUAUAUCAAGUAUAAUUGGAUAAACAAAGUUAUUAAGGGAUAUAUUGUAAAAAAAUUGUUGUCUUCUCAUUAAAUUUAAUUGCGAAGUGUAUAAUGGUUUAUAAGGAAUGUCUAAAAAUAUAAAAUAACUUGAAUAAAUAAAAAGUUUAACUAAUUCAGUUAAAUAAACAACAUAACACUACUAAUCUAUAAUUAAUGAAUAAGUAGAUUUAUAAUAAGCGAAAGAUGACAAUAAUCAUAUAUUACUGUUAGAUUUGUUGAAAUAACUAAUAAAUAAACAAGAAUAGGCAUUUUAGUUUUAAUAAUUAUUUACAAAAUAUUUAUCUGAAAGAAUAGAUCUUGUUCAUUAAAGUGAAGAAAAUCUAAGGGAAGACAUGGCAAAAAGAUUAUAAACUUUCAAUUGA